UCUUAGAGGUCUUUUCCAACCCUAAUAAUUCUAUGAUUCUAAUGUGCCCGAGGCCACCAGCGCAAGCACACUGUGGUGAAGACCUGCAGUCAGCCUGGCUGGGAUGAAUGAUCCCAAAUUAAUCCACAGAGAAUGCUGCCCUCUCUUGGACCCAGCGUGACUGGCACAAAUUCAGGGAAAUUGUGAAAUGCCCAAGACUUGGGCGUUUUAUGGAGCAAAGGCUCACAGAAGGAGCUAGGAGUGAUGUACAGGAGAUGCUCACAGGGAGGAAGAGCAAGGAGAUGAAGGCCAGGAAGGUCUCUUGGGCUGGUGAAGGACUGCAGGAUCCUUACCAAUUCUGCAAGUUGCUGAAUUAAUGCUUUCACCAAUAAAUUCACUUCCCCCAAUAUACCUGCAAGGGGGAGUGGAGCACCAGGGGCUCCCACGUGCCCAUGCUGCCGGCUGGGUGCCAGCCAGCCCUGCCCGCUGCCUGCCGGCUCCUCCCUGCCUGCACUUCCUCCUGCAGCCUGCCCAGCUCACCGGGCACUGCUGCACAAGAAUCCCAGCUUUCAGCAAGCAGAAGCAGCAGGAUUCAGAGAGCCACCCUGGAGCCCACUCUCCCAGCAUGCGGACACCGGCCGUGAUGAUCGUGGGGCUGGUGCUCUGCCCCUGCGGGCUCCUGCUGACACUGACAGGCACGUUGGCACCCAACUGGAGGCAGGUGAGCCUCAUCCCCGAUCAGCCCUCCGACCUCAUCUUGGAGCAGGGCAUCUGGGACCUGUGCAGGGAGCGGCAGAGCAGCCACGAUCGCCUCUGCGGGCAGGAGGAUGAGCUGGGCUACUUCAAGGAGGUGCCCGUGCAGGUGGCACGAGGCCUGAUGCCCAGCUCGCUGGUGCUCACAGUGCUGGGCUUGGUGGUGGCUGCCCUGGGGGUGCGGUGCUGGCAGAAGGAACCCCAGCACGCACUGGCUGGUGCUUCGGGGCUUGUGCUGCUGCUCUCGGGUCUGCUGAGCCUGGUGCCUGCCUCCUGGUACACCCAUGAGCUGGAGGUACUGCCUGCACCCUCUGGUGCCACGCUGACUGUGGGUUACAGCUUGGUGCUGAGCUACCUGGGUAGCUGCCUGGAGAUCCUGGGGGGGGUGGCCCUCACUCUCAGCUUCCACCACUGCUGCAAGGAGCGCAGGGCCUCCAAAACUCCCCCCAGCCCAGUGUUGGAACACGGGACACGCUCCAUCACUGGGGCCUACAGCAACCCCUGGGAUGUGCUGGAGGAUGAGCGAGAUGGGCGGCGUGGGAGGAGCACCCUGCCUUGUGAUUCGGACCUGUAGCUCCAGCACAGUGACACAGCUUGAAGCUCUGCAGGCAGCCAUGCUCCCAGCUCUGCAACUGUGCCAAAGCUGUACUGGCUCCAGCCCUGGCUCCAGCCUCACUGUGCAGCUCUUAGCUCAGUCCCCUGUGCCAUGCAGGGCUAAGGCAGCUGCAGUGUUCUCAUGCGAGCGGGCCACCAGUUAGUGCUGUGCAGCCUGCAGGGUGGGGAACCAAUGUCUGCUCAAUUUAGGGCUGAGCAAACAUCAAAAUAAAUGAGGAGGAACAGCUCUGUGCUGCAACAUAGUUAUGGGCUCUCUGCCAGGCACACUGGCUGAGAGCCAGCAAAGCAUGGCCAACCCUGCCCCACCGUGCUUCACCUGGAGAAGGGAGGAAAGGUCUGGAGGAGGACAGGUGCUUUUACAGGUGCCUUCCCCAAGGACUUUCCCCCCAGGGUUAAGAGCAGCUCAGGAAAAAGUUUCUCUUUCCUUGAGCACAGCCACUUCGGUGGGGAGGGAAAGUCACAGAGAAGAAAAAUAGCACAUAUUUCUCUUUCCAUCGUUAGCUUAGUGGGAGGCAGUAGAACUGGUCCCACUGGUUUGUGAGAGACAGCUGUGCUAUAAAAUCCCUGCAAAAGAGGGCAGGAGCCAAGCCUGGCCUGGAU